AUGACAAUGCAAUUGUUUAGUUUCGGUCAUCCCUGCGAGCACCAGCUGCGGCGGACGUGUAUUGGUGGCUCCAGCUGUCCACUCAAUGGUUAUCCAGACAAUUGGUGUUGCAGUUUCAUUAAGGGAAAAAUAAACUUCAAGCGUGAUAAACCGUGUGAGGGGCCGCGGUGUCGUUGGGGAUUCACACACCCAUCACAAGCACAGUUUGAUGCCGUUACACAUGUACUCAACGAGAGCCGCCCCAUCGCUGCGAAGAUUGAUGACGCGGAUGAUAAGGAAAUGCUCACAUUCAGUAUAGAGAAUGCACGUAUUGUAGAUACCGUGCAGUGUGCACUUCACAUGAUGCGGCAUCCACCGAGUAAUUGCACUACACGUGUAGGACAACUCCUUGCAUACGCCGCAUUGCGGGCAGGAGAUGUGAAGGUGUUUAUGCAAUUACUCAAAACGAUGAAGAAACCGGUGGAUGGAUAUCUACUCGGAGCAUAUGAAUAUCUGACAAGUGGUAAUCUGCCUACGCUUGCCAGCAGCAACAAUAACAAUGGCAGUAAUAAUAAUAAUAAUUCUAAUAAUAAUAACAAUAGCAACUCCGCCCAAAGCAAGGGAUCUGGAAAGAAAGGUAGUGUGGAAAAGAAGGAAGAUACCGCGGAUGAACUGAAGAGUGACCUGGUGGAUCUUAUGAACGCCGCACUGAGCUCCGGUGGACAACUCGUUAACCGCGAAGAUCAGCAUACAUUGCAGGCAGUCUUUAUUUUGGCCCUACGUAGUUACCCAAAGAGCAAUAAGAAACGACAAGAGAUGCUGGAGUUGGCGAUUGCGAAAUUCGGUAAUCGACAAGUACCGAAAAACCCCACCGCCACUGUAGCCACCGCCGCCAAUACGAGCAGUAAUAAUGUCAACAGCACAACAACAGGCCACAGUCCCGCAACCGCUUCGGGUGCCACCACUGCAGCGGCUGUUGUGGCCGCAAGUACUGCUGCAGCUGCAGCUGCUAAUAAUAAUAAUAAUGCUAAUAAUAAUACUACUGCUACUGCGGCAACAGCAGCUGCCACUGCAACAGGUGCCACUCUGCCGACGACGGCAACAACAACAACCGCCACUACAGCCGCCGCAGUGGUGGCCGCCGCCGGAGCGCAGGGAAAGACGGCAGCCACCGCGGCAGCAGCAGCAGGUGGAGGACAAUCACCAAAGGCAAAGGAGACAGCAGAGGAUGAUGGUAUCGGUAAUCAUCACAGCAGUACUAGCAACAACAAUAAUGCCGCGCCCACACGAAGACCACAGGCCGUUGGGGGAACACCAACCACACCAUUCACCGCAAGUGCACGUCUUAAGGAGAUGGCGAAUACUUCACCCGCAAAGCAACAAACACAAACACAAGCUCCACCACCACAACCUGUUGUCGGUAUCAGUCGUUUGGCGAUGCAAUCUAAACAAGCCCCUAUACGCCAUUAUGAACCGGUUCGUACAGAUUUGCCAUUACCAAAUAUAGCCCUUUUUGGAGGUCUCUUUGGACUCACCGUACAAUCAGCCACAUGGGCAUUAUUGGGCUCUGCCACCUCACACAAAACGACCUCACUUGUAACCAAUACACCAUCUGCCGUGGCAGCCCCAUCAAUGACAACGGCAACAGUAGUAUCAGGCGGAUUAACCACAACCACAACACCAACCACCACCAGCACUACUACUACUGCUCCUCCGCCGCCUCCACCUUCGGGUGUAUUAUCUCUGGAAUUGGCCAGUGGGGUAGAUGAGAAGGUGUUUGGUUUCUUGGGUUCACAUACACCUGACUAUAGCUUCUUCAGUGACAUAGACGGGGUUGCAGAGGAUUAG